AUGGCGCAUGUCGCAUUCAGCCCUCAUCCCCAACUCGACUUUCCGCGGCAGCGUCCGGUGGCCGACUCUCCUUCGUCCAUCGGCUUCGGUUUCACGCCGACCUGGAACCCGUCGAACAUGAGCCACUCGCACAGCACGUUCACGAGCCCGGCCGUGCGCCAGCAGCUGGCCUCACACAUGAGCCCGAACGUGCCGGUGAGCCGGUCGAGCAACAAGAGGCGGCUGGAGGACGACGAGAACGACGAGCGUGGAGGACGGGACGAUGCGAUGGACAGGAGCCCGACGCCCGAACGCAGACGCGCGGCGCUCCCCAAGCGGUCCCGCCUCGCCCCGGCCGCAUCGGACAAACACGGAAGCUCUGGAAAGGAAAGCAAGGGGGAGGAGCAGGACGUGGACGUGGGCGUGUUGCUCGCGAGUCUGCCACCACAAUCGCUCCUGCCGCUCUUGACCUCCUUGUUGAACGCCCAACCGUCGCUCAAACCUACGAUCCUAUCCCUCAUCCCCCGCCCGUCUCUUGACGCCGCCGUGCAGGCUCUGGCUCAAUCAGCGAAGCGCCUGCGCGACGCUUAUCCGUAUUCAACCACAUCGUCCUUCUUUGGCCCACGCCCGCCCCCAACCUUUGCCUCGUCGUCCAUGGGCUUCGGCUCAACAUCCUCGUUCGGCUUUGGAUCCACCGUCACGCGGCCUGCCUCGCAACAGCAACAUCAAUCGGACGGCACAAGCGGCAUGCGAGAUGAGUAUGUCGUGUCCCGCCUGCAGCCGCACGUGCAGGACUACGUGUCGACCUGCUUCUCGUACCUCCGAUACUUCUCGAGCACAUCGCCUGGCGCGCAGGGCACAGGUGCCUCGACCUCGGCCCCGAAGGACAAGACGCAUGUGACCGAGGCCUUUGCCUUCCUACAGGCCCUGACAUCCCACAUGCUGUCCCAACCGCCGUUGACGCAGUCCCAACUCGCUCCUCAGCUCCUACCGCGUCUGCUCGAAGAGUGGCGCGCAUGGGUGGACGUCGUGGACGACCUGGUCAACAGACAGUUCGUCAUGUUCGGCGCGGCCGAAGUGCACGGCUGGGUCCGCGCUUUGGACGAGCAUGCGACGGCGAAGGAUCAUGGCUUCGAGGCGCUCAAGGAGUCUCCCGCUACAGUCCUGAGAACUGGUGCUGCUGGGAGCAACCCAUGCAUGAUCCACCAUGCUGCACGGCUGAACGCGGCGCUCUCUUCUCCCUUUCAGUCCAUAUUGCGAGAUGCAGCAGCGCGAGCCUUCACGCGCGCCCACAUCGCUACUCCGUCGGCUCGAGGCGUGGCAACGCAGCUCGCCAGGGCCCCGACCUCGGCCAAUCUCUUCGACAUCGAGAGCGAAGCCGACGGCACGCUGUCGCGAAAACAACAAGGGCCUAUGAGAAGGGCUGCGAAGGAAAGCGGGAUGACCAGUCAGGCAGUGGACCAGCAGACGGCGCUCGGACGUUCAUGCCGGGAGAGCGCAGACGUGGCACGCUCACAUGUCGCGAAACGGUGCUCGUCGAAGCUGUGCGACGACGAUGUACAGGGCCCUACGACCUCUACCUCAGGGUCGCCCGACGGCGGAUCUCCUACUAGAGUUAAGCGUGGACGCUCGCUUUCCCAUCGGACCUUCGGACAGACUCCGCAGUCUGCGGUGAAGAGCUAUACCGGCGGACGCCCAGACACCAAUCUGCAGCGUCGCACAACUCUACAAACCCCUUCCAGCCAUCUUCAGGGGUCUGCUGGUACUUCGUCAACUGCUUCAUCUUCUGUGCCUCCUCGUCGGUCACGGCCUGGCUCUGAACAUCGACCCCGCUCUCUAAUACCAGAUCCACCCGAAGACUUCAAUGAUUUUAUUGACCCGGCUCGUGCUACCGAACAUCCUCCUAAUUCAUCGUCAUUCAAAGAUCUGCCUCUGCCAGAUUCGGUAUCGGACGCGACCCCAGACUCGCGCGCAAUCUUUUACGACGUUCAUCUUCCAAGUCCAGCAGACACACCGCCCCAUAAUCAACACGACUUGCUCCUGCUCCUCAAACAGUACAAAGUUUCAGGGCCCCGUCCGUCACUGCGCUCCAUUCUGCACCUGCACGACAGCUUCCUGCCCCAACAGUCCACGUCAACAUGGAACUUCGUUCUUGCUACAUCAAUACGGCACGGCGCUUUCGGCCUCGCGGCUACUUUGCUGAAUGAGAUGGGAGAACGCGGCGUGGGUAUGGACGUCGAGACUUGGCGCCUUCAUACGCGCCUGCUUGUCCGGCGGGGACAAUGGUCCGAGGCCGUACAGCAGAUUUCUCGCGCUCAGGCUGACUGGAUGAGCGCACCUGUCGCAUUAAGGUGCCCGGGCGUGCCCGCGCUCGUCUGGCGGGAGUUGUUGCACGGCAUCCAACUGGGUCACGCGCGGCGUACGAAGGGCUCAAGCGAGAAGCGAGAGGAAGGACCGCGCUCGCGUAUCGAGUACGAUAUGCUCAUGCGUAUGCGCCCUCGUGAGACCAAUACUUCGCAUGAACCCGGACCAUCUGCGGGAGUGGCGUUGAGGGUUGUGCAACUCUUCCAUCGCAUGGGCCAACACGACAUUGCAAAGAGAGUCACGUUCGCGCUGGUGCCAUCUUAUCGCGGUUCACUGGCAAUCCGCAUCAUUAACGCCGACCUCGCUCUACGGCCUCGCAUAGGCACUCGUUCAUUUUACGACGCUUUGAGGGAUUUAUACCACUUGGUUGACUGUUUUCCGGGCCUGCGGCCUACGGCAAAGACCCUGUACGGUCUUCUCGGCCAUCUCCAGCAUGGGAAGGCACCGGGACAACGCGCAUUCGAAGUCGCAAAGUCAUUUGUGCGACGAUGGGGCCACCAGGUUCUCAGUCCCGAUGUUCGCCGGAGGCUUGUGGCACUCAACGGAAGGCGGAGCGCUAGCCAGUUAUCAGCGCUCGUCGAAUCUCUGAGUGUAGCGAGAAGGCGAUGGCUUCUCGGCAAGGAGUCCCGGACCAUACCACAGAUCUCCGGAGGGCGGGGACAGGUGUAUCCACGUCGGGGGACGAUUGGAUGGAGAUGGCGCAAGAGGCAGAUUAGGGAACGCGCUGCCCAGCGGCGAACAGUGUUCGGGAGCAUCGUGCGGAACAUUAUCGCGGCGCGACGUACACAGCGAUAUCGGCGUCUACGUAGGCGAUCCGUUGCCUGCCUAUCCCCUAAAUUCGACAUCGGUCAACGUAGUACAAGAAUGAGAUCCAACCUUUAA